AUGACUUCCGUCAAUAUGGCGACUUCCAUGAUGCAGACAAACCUGUCGCUUUUGCGACAGCAUCUUUCUGUUGCUGUAGGGAAUAGUAGUAUUGUUGUCAAGGCUGUAGCAGUUGCAGUAACGUGUGGAUAUCUUUUGACUUUUGCUCAGUCUGCUUUGCCCUUCGUAGCGGUGACACCGGGCUAUGUUAUUCCACCUAACUUCUGGGUUUGGACGUUUGUGACACAUGCAUUUAUUGAAGUCCAUUUCUGGGAUGUUCUCGUAGAUAUCGCCGUGGUUAUUUUGUGUGGAAAACUUUUAGAACCGUUAUGGGGUGCUUUAGACAUGCUUUUGUUCUUCUUGAUUGUAAACACAGGGGUAGCGGUUGCCACGGCAUUUUCAUAUUUAACAUUUUACUUGGUGUCGAAAAAUGAAGAGUUUUUGUUUGAAACAUACAUCCAUGGACUUGCAGGUUACAUUGCAGGGUUCGCAGUGGCUGUGAAACAGAUCAUGCCAGAUCAUGUACUCGUUACGUCUCCCUUUGGAAAACUCCGAAACACGCACAUCCCUCUGUUGCUACUGUUUGUGGUGGUGACAUUACGCCUGGCAGGUUUACUUGAUGGUCCAUAUCCUUUCAUGUUCGGGUUUGGAAUUCUUAUCAGCUGGAUCUACCUUAGAUUUUAUCAGAAACAUACAAAUGGAAACAGAGGUGAUAUGGCGGAUAACUUUGGUUUUCCUAGCUUCUUCCCAAGUCAGCUUCAACCAUUUGUUGCCAUGUUUUCCAAUACUGUUUUCCUGGCUCUAGUGAAGAUUAAGAUUUGUAAGAAGCCACAAAGAAAGUAUGAUGUCAGUUCGCCCUCCACCAUUACCAUCACCCUGCCUGGCACUGACCAAGAUGCUGAAAGAAGACGACAAGUAGCAUUAAAGGCACUUAACGAGAGGUUGAACAAGUCAGACCAGCCUGCGAAUUGGCCGUCUUUGGUAGAUGAGGAAGGCAAGACUUCUCCAGAAAACGGUUCCUCCCCAGCUAAGGAAAGUCUUGUCAAACCUGCUGCUAAACUCACCGACACAAAGGAGCAGCAAGAACAGGCACCGGGAGCACAAACAUCGCCCAAAACUGAAAGCUGAAUGUUAAUUUAUAUUGAAGAAUAAGAUUAUUUGAACUUUUAACCUUUUGUAUCACUUAUUAAUUAUAUAAAGCAAGAUGUUAAGAUUGAUUUCUGUGAACACUGUCUACACUUAGGAUUAAUAUUCAAAGAGUAAAAAUCCAACCAAAAAUUGAGAGAAAAUGUGAAUAUUUUCUUGAGGUUUCAAAUUCUUUUGUUGAACACUCAUAAACUAGAGCUAAACAUGCAAUGGUAUGAUAAAUUUUCAUUUUUAUUUCACAUUUUGAAUAAACAACACUGACAGUGUAUGUGUGGCUUAUAAAGCCACAGCAUGAGGGAUUAACAUUUUGACCAUUUGUAAAGGACAUAGAAUUCUUAUGUUAUAUAAGUGUUAUGUUUUAUAAAGUGUAUGUGAUAAUGGAUGUUGAAUAAUUUCUAUGAAGUAUUCUAUGUUUCCAGAGUGAAUAAAAAAACCAACUAAGAUUAUACAACUGCAAUGAUAAAUGUUUCUUUGGUAAUUACAACAUUUUAAUACAAAGCCAUGUACUUUCAAUACUACAUUAAGACUGAAUCUUUGCAAAUAUUGAUAGGUUCUUUUUAUGUAAAAUUGUUAAGUAGUUGUCUCCCUUAACAUUCUAGCAUUCCUAAUAGUAAGAUCACUUCAUCUACUGUGGUUGUAUUGCCACAGUCUACCAAUAGAUUUGUUUGUGAAGAAACAAGAGAAUAUGUUGUACAUUAUGUCCAGAAUAUGACAAUAAAAGACAAAUUACACUUCAUGCAAUUAACAUAAUGAUUGAUCAAGUUGUGAUUUAUUGUUAUCUUUAGAGUAUAACUAAACAUAUUUCAUAGAAUAGUUUCACCACUAUUGAUGAUUGUGAUCAAACUCAGCGAGGAUAAUCUUGUGAUAUGUUUUUCUAUUAAUAUCUCUUUAAUUACAGAACAAAAUCAUCCAAUUCCAUUAAGUAUUUGCCCAUAUCCCUUUGCAAGGCAAUCUUGCAGUACAUUUCAAUUUCUUUUUUCUGCAUUAUGAAAUCUUGGCUGGUGAUGACAUCAUACAAAUCAUUUUAAAUACUCUCAAUACUUUGUAAUAUAAUGUUAUAAGAAAUUGAGUUAUUGAUUAUAGUAAAGGGUAGGUUUUUCAUUGUAGAGGUACCUAUUUCUCCUAUGUUUAUCUUUGAGAGUUAUGUGCUGUGUACCGGUAUGUAUAUAUAUGUUCAGCUUUCCUACAUAUAGACAGUUAUGGGAUAAUGAAAAUGGUGCCAGUCAUAAUUGAUGUAGUAGAAAUUUCCAAGAAGGUAAAAUCAUGAAGGUUUUUAAAGAUGUGUUCCUGGUGUCAAUGAUAUGUUGAUAUUUGUCUGUUGUGUUCGUUAUGUGAAUUUGAUGGGACAGUUAUACCAUCCAUCCUUUGUGAAAGCUAAUGUUCAUCCAAUGAAACUGCAUGGAUACACAAACAUGUUAAUGAGGAUGUACAAAAAGAUGGCUAACUGUGUGUGUGUCAGGUUUGAGGAUGAGAUCUUAGGUUCAAGUACUAUUCACAUAUAAGGACAGAAAAAUGAACAGUGCCAGAAUUUUAUUUUUAUCAGCUUUUAAAGUUUUAUAUGUGCUAUCAAUUUUGCUAUAUUGUGUAACAAUAUCUGUUUAUAGUAUUCUUGUAUAAGAACCUUCUGGGGCCAAAAACAAUUGUUGUCAUCAUAAAACAAAAUUAAAGAAGUAAAUUAGAAAAUACAUGAAAUAGAAUGUUCGUGUAAAUUUGUAGGUGAAAAUCAAGGCCAAAGGACAAGGUAUGAAGUAACAGUUCAUGAUUCUGUAAGGGUUUAUGUUAUCUGAACUACCACAUUCAUAAUUGUUACAGAUAUAUAGUAUGUAGUAUAUUGCUAAACUGUUUAUAACAGGAUUCAGGCUAAAGUGUCGGAUCAUGCUACGGACAAGUAUGUAAGAGAUAUUCUGAGGUUGCCAUCAUAGGACUUUAAUGUAGGCAUAAUGAAAUUGACAAUUGAAGUGUAUACCAGGGUAUAUGUACUGGUCACAAAUUAUUUGUCUUUUAUAUAUGUAUAUGAAGCAGUCAACCAAUAGGAAAAGUAGAUUGUGACCAAUACAUAAACUGUUAACAGAGGAUUAUAAUUUCAAGGGGAAUAACUGUGUAUAUCUUGAUUAUUCUUGUUAGCAAAGUAUCUAUUUUUAUGUUUACUAUGUUAUCAUACAUAAUAAGUAGUUAGUGUAAUAAUUUCUAUAAAAUAUGUAUAUAUUGAUAACUUAUUUUAUUGUCUGUUACAUCAAAUGGGUGUGCUUUAUGUUGUUUAGGUAAAAUUUGUGUUUCACUGAUAAAUAAGGAAGUACUGUCUUGUGUUCUGCACUUCAUUAUGUUAGAUUUUCAAUUGUUUUCUGAGGAACUAAUUAACUAGGUUAAGAUGAAGCUUUGCCAAAACGGUGUCGUUCAGAAUUUUUCAUUUUUUAUUGAAUGCCCAGAAAAGGAUCUAGAUGAAUAUUGCAAUAGUUAUUUUAAUGACUUUAUGUGUUGGAAUAUUUUCUUGAGAUUGGUAAUGUUAAUAGAAGUUUUCUUAUAACACAACCAGUAGGUCUUCUUCUUGUUGUGUUAAAGGAACUUCUAUUCUAUGUAUUUUGUUUGACUUUGUUGUGUAUUUAACAUGAAGAUGCUAAAUUGAAUAUUGAAGAGUCAAUACAUACCUUUAAAACAUGUACUCAAUAAGGAAGAUAAAAAGUUAUGUUAGAAAGAUAUUCUCAAAGUUCGACUGACUUGAUGCAAGCAUUCAUUCAAAGUUAGACUUUUUCUUAAAAGAUAUAGGAUUUUUGACAGGAAAUAAUUUUAGAAAAUGCAGUAGUAGUAAUUAGGGCACAUAUCAGAGAUGCAAGUGCCCCAUAGUAGUCACUCUGUCAGUCUGUCUGUCCGUCCACAAAUCCAGACAAUAUACAUAGUGAAGUCCAAAUUUGUUAACCUCAGCCAUGAAUAUAGGGAUAUGUAGCAACAUGUCGGUGCCCUUGCUGACCUGUCAUGUGUUCUAGUUUUAAAUUGGCAUUGUAGCACAACCGAUCCAGCUGAAUUCUGAUGACUAGGUAGCUUAGUUGGUUAAAGUAUGUCUAAGAGUUUGGAGUUCUGGGUUCAAAUACAGGUUAAGCCGUAUCAGGUUUUCAUGAUAUGUAGUAAUGUUAUUGAUGAUAAUAUUAAUUACCUUACACUUUCUUAGUGAUGUUCCUUCUGUGUUCAGUGUUAUACAUUACUUUGUCCAGAUUAUCAGUAAACAGAGAUGCUAACUAGAAUUUUUAAGCCGUUUUCUUCAUUUGUUAUAUAAACACCACUGUUCACCACAGUUAAUGUUCUGAUUUAUAUCUGUCCCUACAAUAUAUGUUAGCUUUCUAUUCACUGGUACAAUUGUAUAUAUAUAUGUAGACCUUGUUCUUGUAGUCUGCAUACAUAUCUUUAUGUACAGAGGUGUCAUACUGGCCAUAUGAUGUCUUCUUCCUCUUGAAACUGCUAUUUAUUUCAAUAUUUAGGAUUUGUUUGUGUCUCCAUUUCUUUACACUCAAUCAUGAUUGUAGAACAGAGUUUAUAUCAGAACUUCUAAUUUACGCAUGAAUAUGAUUUCAGAUAAGAUUUAAAAUUUAAAUCUAUUUUUCUUAUAAUAUGAUUAUUUAUGUGUAAUCUGAUUCUUAUUAUUUCAUGAUGUCAUUUUAUUUCAAUUUUUCGUUUUCUUUUUCAGGAUAGAAAAAAAUCAGAUACAUUGAAACUAGAAUAUACUUCAAAUAAUUUUCAUUAACUAGCAUAAAUUUAAACUUUCCAAAACCCCUCCCUUUACGGUAUGCUAAGAGAAUUCUAGACAUCUGUUACUGCCAAAAUAUAGACUGAAUCAACAGGAGAUUGUAUUUAUUAUUGUUGAAAUGAAACUUUGGAUCACUAUUACGGUAAACUAAUGAAAACGUUUGGCUGAACAGUGACCAACCUAAUGAUUUAGAUUGGCUGAUUGUUCUUUGAAUUAACAAAAAGGGGAGGAUGAUGAAUUUAAAUUUCUUUAGAAAUUUAACAAAUAUGUGUUUUAAUUUUUAUGGCCAAAUUGGGAAGUUGAUUAAGUUGGCAGAUUGUCUGGUUAUUAAACCUAUUUUUCUACUAGCGGUCUAUAUAUAUGUACAUGUAUAUUGAAAGAGUACAGGUAAUGUUGGAGUUGUUUUAAAGAAAUCAUUUUCUGUUUAUGAAAUAUUUAGAAUAUAUUAUCUGUAUAUAUUGAAGGGUUUAGCAUACUUUUGGUUAUUAUGUUAACAAUUGGAGUAUGAUGUGUUGUUGAAAGCUUACUGAAUGUGAUGACUGUUGAUGACUGAUAGAAUAUCUGUAAAUACAAGCUAAUUCAAAAU